GCACUCCCUGCUGCAAUGAGCUUCCUCAAAAGUUUCCCGCCGCCCGGCUCGGCCGAGGGGCUUCGGCAGCAGCAGCCCGAGACCCAGGCUGUGCUGAACGGCAAGGGCCUUGGCACCGGCACGCUCUACAUCGCCGAGAGCCGCCUGUCUUGGUUAGAUGGCUCUGGAUUAGGAUUCUCACUGGAAUACCCCAUUAGCUUGCAUGCGGUGUCCAGGGACCUAAAUGCCUAUCCACGAGAGCAUUUGUAUGUUAUGGUGAAUGCUAAAUUUGGAGAAGAAUCAAAAGAAUCUGCUGCUGAAGAAGAAGAAGACAGUGAUGAUGAUGUUGAACCUAUUGCUGAAUUUAGAUUUGUGCCUAGUGAUAAAUCAGCAUUGGAGGCAAUGUUCACUGUAAUGUGUGAAUGCCAGGCUUGGCAUCCUGAUCCUGAGGAUGAAGAUUCAGAUGAUUACGAUGGAGAUGUGGAAGCACAUGAACAAGGGCAGGGGGACAUCCCUACAUUUUAUACUUAUGAAGAAGGAUUAUCCCAUUUAACAGCAGAAGGCCAAGCCAUCUUGGAGAGAUUAGAAGGAAUGCUUUCUCAGUCUGUGAGCAGCCAAUAUAACAUGGCUGGAGUCCGGACAGAAGAUUCAAUCAGAGAUUAUGAAGAUGGGAUGGAGGUAGACACUACACCAACAAUUGCUGGACAGUUUGAGGAUGCAGAUGUUGAUCACUGAAGAUGAUUUAUGCUGCUGUGGGAUUCUGCUCAUAACUAGGAAAGGACUAAAGAACUUGGUGCCUCUUCUACUGUGGAGUGGGUGUUGAUGAAAGUCUUUUUCCUUCUCCAAAAUUUACCUGAACCAGUUCUUUUUUUGAGACAGACUAUAUACUGAGACAAAAAGUUGUCACCAGCAGAAGAAACUAUGACCUUUAUUAACAAAGGUGAAUCAACUUAACCAAGAGGGUGUUUGUAGUUUAUCAUCUACCCAAAACUUUUGUGUAUAGGUAUCCUCUGAGUAGGCCUGUAGUUCCUGCUUUCACUAUAUGCAUCUUCUGUAACCUGGCAGGCCUAUGUGGUGAGAAUGCGCAGGUGCUUGAAGACAUAGGUAGACUGGAUGGGAAGGAAGGAGGCUGAAUCUAAGAUAUAUCCUUUAGAGCCUAAGGAUUCCAUUACCCCUUAA